AUGCCUCCGAAGGAUCGGUUGGAGAGCCUGCAGCUCCACGUCCCUGAGCUGUUUGCUCACGUCAGUCCCAAGGGUUUCAAACGUUUGAUUUCCCAGGUCACGCAUGGCGAAGCCAAAGCAGUCAAACAUUCCGGCGCAAUCGGCAACGCUUUGCAUCACCGCCAGUCGAACCACGCUCAAGAGCUUGGGGGAAGUUCGGGAGGCGUUAACACCCGACAGACCCCACAGGAGGAAGAGGAAACAGACAUGCGGCCUGACAAGCUUGUAGAGGACGGGACAAUAGUCCAGCAAGGAGGCAGCAGAAUUGUCGUAGGCGGUAGGACAGUUGUAAUAGGCAUGGACACUCCUCCACCUUCGGACAGCUCACAGCUCAACCGCGGCGCACGGAAACGGCUACGAGUCGAGGCAUACAAGGAAGACUCGAUCUCAAGCGUGACGACGCCAUCUUCAGGGUUAAGGUCCACGUCAGACGAAGUACACGGAGGAGGAGGAGGACGGGGGGGAGGGGGGGGACACGGCCCCACAAGGGAGGGGGUUGCUGUCGUCUCGGGCGACGGGGAUGGAGUCAACACGGUUGCAGAAGGGCGACAUCAACAACAACACGGGUUCGACGAUGCCAGCAUGGUGGAAGUACCGUCGCCACCGGAGACAGACGCAGUCCAGGUCCAACGUGCUGCUGUAUCGCAAAGCAGUGUUGUGGACGAGCAAGACGGAUCACUGCUACCGUCAUCUUUGAAACAGGACAAGUUGUCAUACGAGGGGGGAGGUCUCUCGGCGUGGGGUGUCGGGCAGCCUGUGACGGGGCUUGCCGACGUCGACAUUACCUCCACGAUGAAUGGGCUGCUGGAGAGAGAGAUAUCGGAGGCGAUGCGAGAGGAGAGCGAUCGCUUGGGCCGAGAAAGAGCGGCCGUAAUCCGGGCCGCCAUGGAUCUCCUUUGGAAGGGGUACUCCGAGCACGCCUGGGGCUACGAUGAGGUGAAACCUUUGAGCAAGAAGGGAAGCGACAAUUGGGGGGGCAUGGGGGUGACCCUGGUCGAUUCCCUGGACACUCUCUGGCUCAUGGGACUCACCGAGGAGUUUUACAAUGGGAGGGACUGGGUUCGAGACCACCUGACGUUCAAUGAAGUCGGGAUGGUGAGCGUCUUCGAGACGACGAUAAGGGUGCUUGGGGGAUUGCUCUCCGCUUUUGAGCUGUCCAGAGACGAGGUGUUUCUGGAGCGCGCGAAGGACUUGGCGGAUAGACUUAUGCCAGCCUUCGGAACCUCUACCGGAAUCCCGUACAAACUGGUGAACCUUUCAAACGGGAAGACAGGCGGGGGUUCUUACAGCGUACUCUCCGAGUUGGGCACUCUUCAGUUGGAGUUCCGAUAUCUGAGUCACGAGGUGGGAGACGAGAAGUACGCCAGAACGGCGAUGCGGGCGUUCGACUUCCUGGCUGGAAGAACAGUGCCACACGGUCUUUACCCGAUUCGGAUUAACCCCAACACCGGAAAGUUCACUUCGUCCCAGGUUACCUUUGGGGCCUUGGGUGACUCGUUUUACGAGUACCUGUUGAAGGUGUGGAUGCAGGGAGGCCGUCGAGAAGAGAGCUACCGCAGGAUGUACGAAGAUGCCAUGGACGGUGUAGCGGAGCUCCUCGUCCAGAAGGCCCGCGGACUAACGUACCUCAGCGAGUGGAACGGCACGAGGCGGCAGCAUCGGAUGGACCAUCUCGCGUGCUUCUUGGCGGGGAACCUGGCCCUCGGUGCCAUGACCUCACAUGACUCACGAAGGGCAGCGAGGGAUCUGAGGACUGGAAAGGCCUUAGCGUACACCUGUUACCAGAUGUACCUCCGCACCGCCACCGGCCUCUCUCCCGAGGUGGUGGAGUUCAACGGAGCGGGAGACAUGAGAGCGCGCGACCAGGCUCGCUUCUACAUCCUCAGGCCCGAGACUCUGGAGAGCUUCUUCGUCCUGCACCAGCUCACCGGAGAUCCGGUGUACAGGGAAUGGGGUUGGGAGAUCUUCAGGGCAAUCGAGAGACAUUGCCGGGUCGGAGUGGCAUACGGUUCUCAUCCAGACGUAGAGAACCCUGGGCUCGAGGCGAAGGACCACAUGGAGUCGUUCUUUCCGGGAGAGACCCUCAAGUACCUCUACCUCCUCAUGCAGCCGGACCAUCCCAUCGAUCUCAUGGAGUAUACCCUCAACACGGAGGCCCACCCGCUCAAGAUCUUCACGUUCGAUGACGCCGCCGCCGGUCGUAGCCAAAUCCUUGCCUAG